GCGCGCGGUGGCGAGGAGUGACCGCAGCAGAGAGCACAGAAACCUGUAACACGCUGGCUGCGCUGCUCCGUCGCAAGAGAGACAGCUCAUCAAGAGGAUGCCGGGUUUGAGGAACCGUGCCACAUGGGCUCCACUUUUGCUGAAGAGCUCCCGCAUCACUUCCUGUGCCAACGGCUGUUCACUGGGCAUCACAGCACACCUGACAUAUGCUAACACUGAAUCUGAACCUGUGGAGGGGGUGUUUUUGUAUCCGCUGGGGGAGCGGGAAGUGGUGGUGGGGUUCGAGGCGCUGGUCUCUGGCAGACUGCUGAGUGUGGAGCUGCAGAGUCGGGGGAAGCUGGAUGACUGCUGUCUGGACUGCUGUCCAGGAUCAGCCUUCAACAACCAAUGUGGGCACGGCAAGGAGUGGACCUGCUGUGGGGGAAACAGCCUGGACAUACAGUGCUCUAAUGGUCACCUCCUGCUGGAUGAGGAUCUGGAGCGGACCACCUUCAUCAUAGGCACAGGACUCAUCGCUCCUAUGGAGAUGGUGUCAGUGGUCAUCAGCACCACCCUGGAGCUCCCCACAUUAGAGAAUGGCACGAUCCACCUGGUCUACCCUACAGUGCUCACUCCUAUAGUCAGAGCCAGGAUGCAACCAACCAAAAGUGAAAAUGGAGGAAGAUCAGAGGAGACGAAUGCAACCAGGUGUUUUGGAGGUGUGUCUGGUAAGCAGGAGAAGCUGCUGGAGGUUAAUGAACAGUGUGCACAUGCUCUGUUCUCCAGCCCUGCAACCAACCUCGCCCCAUAUGAGCUCAACUUCCAGCUGCUGGUCCGUGGGGCAUGUCUACUAGCAGGUCUAGAGAGCCCAACCCAUGCGCUGCGUGCAGAUGCGGACCCCAGCGCUCAGUCAGCCUCCGCCACCUACAUCACUCUGGCUGAGGAUCACCCAUACGACCGACAUCUGGAGAUCAUACUGCACCUGAGCGAGCCUCAUAGUCCACUGGUUAUCCUGGAGAGGGGCCGACUAACCUUCAGUCAGUACGAGCAGCAGAUUAGUGCCCGCCGUGAUUUCAUUCGCUGUGUCCGCAAGGAAGCAGAGCCUGAGAAGAAACUGGAGUUUAUGAGAAAGCGUUAUCAUAAGGAUGUACUGAGUAACCCGGUGCUGAUGCUGAACUUCUGUCCUGACCUUUUGUCCGAGCCGCUGGAGCUGCAGCAGGCCAGCAGAGAGCUGCUGUUUCUCAUCGACCGUGGCGCCAAUGUCACACAGCACACAAUCAACAAGAUCAAGGAAGGUAUGCUGGUGGCCAUUAAGAGCCUUCCUCAUGGUACCACACUAAACGUUGUGGGCUUUGGCUCCUCUGUAAAGCCUCUCUUUGCCUCCAGCAAGCCCUGCACUGAUAGCACUCUGGCCCAGGUGUUAGAUUAUAUCCAGAGGCUGCGUGCAGAUCAGGGUGCCACCAACCUGUUGGGGGCACUGUCCUGGGUCUACCGCCAGCCUGUCCAUCGCAGCUGCCCUCGGCAGCUCUUCAUCCUGACUGAUGGCUCAUUGGGCAGCGUGGGUCGAGCACUGGAGCUGGUCAGGAGGAACACCUGUAAUGCCAGGUGUUUUGGGCUGGGUCUCGGGCCACGGGCCUGCAGAAGGCUCCUUCAGGGGAUUGCCAAGGUGACGGGAGGAAACGCAGAGUUCCUCUGUGAAGAAGAGAGACUGCAGCCAAAGCUAAUAAAGUGUCUGAAGAAAGCUCUGGAGCCAGCACUGACAGAUGUGCGCAUUGACUGGUAUGUGCCGGACAACAUGGAGGCUCUGCUUUCGCCCAAUGAGAUCCCGCCACUCUACCCAGGGAAUCGCCUGAUUGGCUACUGCACUCUCUACGAUGUUUCUGCAUUCAAAGUGAAGAAGAAUGAAGUGAAGAGUCAUGGAUACAGGCCUGUCCCACGAGGCUCUGUGGGGUCAGUGUUUGAGCUGUCCCCUGGAUCGUCCGAGCUGCUGCAGCCCUUGGUGCCAGCGAGCGAGCGAGAGGCAGCAGAGGAGGGAGAGAUUGAGGAUGCACUGAGAGAAGUUUCACGAGAAAUUUCCUCCGAGUUCUCCUGUGCUCCAGCUACGGACAACACCAGCAACUCAGUCACUGAUCAGGACUAUGUGGUGAGCGAUGUGCGCUGGCGGAUGGAGCAGGCAUCAUAUGUGCAGGAGCAGUACAUGCUGACCCGCUGCUCUCUGGGCAGUGAGAGGGGGCUAGCCUCUUUCUCUCCUCCAUCAGAGGGCCUCUCUUUGGGCAUGGACACUGGCUCACUCCCACAGGGCCUGGAGAGGGUGCAGCCACAGGGGAGGGGGCUCUCACGCUGGGAAUCACCAUGGCAACAGAACACCGCCUCCUCUGCGGAUCCAGAAUCUGGGAAGGGAGUCCGGCUGUCAGAUCGAGAGGAGUGUGUGCGCAGGCAGAAGGCUCUAGCACGCUGUGCUCUGGCCAGCCGCAGUUUCUCGUCCCCACAGGGUGACCUGGACAUGCACCGCCUGCGGAGGGCGCUGGAGAGAGUAUCCUUCGAGCAGACUGUUGGAGGCAGACUGGAUGAGAACGACACAGAGACACACAACACACCUCAAGCUCUGUCUCUUACAGACUCCAAUGGUCUCCUGUUUCCCGCCUCUCCGCUGGACUGGGACAGUUUCACUGAUCCUGAGGCUCUUUUUGCGCCUGCCCCUGCAGGUGACUCUCAGGCUGGUCAGGCCUCGUGUCGCUCUGUCAUCCACGGCCUGCUGGGUGCCCGGCCUGUGUCCUGGGAGGUCACCGUGGACCUGUCUAUGCUGUGGGCCACUGAGAGCCCUCCAAGAGGCCCCUGGGAUGAAAUCAUCCACCAACUCACUGCCCGCUCCGUCAUCAGAGACUUUGAGAACAUGGCUGAGAAAGAGACAGACAUAGAACAUGGGUCGUCGAAGCGAUAUCGUAUGAAGGCCAUCCAGACCAGCAAAAGCUGUGGGAUCAUCUGCAUGUACACUGCCUUUACUACUACUGACACCAGUCCCAGCAAAACAUUGUCAGAAGCCACAGACAGUCGACACACAGGUGUGCGUUUUGGGAGCAGGCGCAGUACCAGCAGCAGGAGACAGAGGGCGUACUCUGUAGGGCUUGGGCGCAGACCAUCAAGCAGGGACAGUGAGGAGAUAGAUGACAUUCACACCUCCACAGACAGAGACGACACUCCAGCUUCUCCACGCAGCCUGGCAUCUUGGGACAGCAGUGUUGGUGGGAAUGUGUAUCCUGGCAGUCCUUCUGCUGCCUCGUCCCGUUCUCAACGGUCCAUCGAGAGCAGAUCUGUCGAGAGCUUCUUCAGCACCAGGUUUAACCUUGGCAGACUCAGGUCCAGCCACAGCUCAGGAAGGCAAACUCCUCUCAAACCACAGUGCCUGUCUGCUGAAUCAGACACAUAUACAGACUCCAUAUCACCUGACUAUCUGCCUCUGGUGCGUCUGCAGUUGGCCUCAGGUGCGUUCCUGUUGUGUGAGUCAUUCUCAGAGUGCAUUCACAUUCCUCUGGAUCGUCUAAAGAGGGCAUCUCCUUACCUGAGUCACCGCAGCAGCCUGAGCCCACCAUACCGCUGCAUCUCACCUCCUGGCACCCGCCCCAUUGCCCCCUACAGGCCAGUGGACCACACUAGCACCCACCCACCUCGCGCAAGCCUACGCCGUUACUAUGAUAAUGAGCCGCUCACCGUUUUUUCUGACCCAGAGGAGGGGUCUCCAGAACCAGUGGGAGGUGUCCUGCAGGCAGAUAGUGGGCGUGGCUCUGAGACAGACAUGUUUGAGGGCUCUCCACUGGAGGGGGUGGACCCUCAUGGGGAAGAGCUGGCCCAGCUAGAUGUAGAAAGCUCCAGCUGGGCUACAGCAGUGGCUCUGGCCUGGCUGGAGCACCACUGUGCUGGCUUCUUCGUGGAAUGGGAGCUAGUGGCUGCCAAGGCUGAUUUUUGGCUCAAGUGUCAGUCACUGCCAGAGGGCGUGGACCUGCCAGGGCUCAGGGCGGCUGCAAGACAACUGUUCCUAUUGCUGCGCCACUGGGAUGAGAAUCUGCAACUUAACAUGCUCUGUUACAAUCCAAACAACAUGUGACAGAAACUUCCAACUUAGUGUGCUCUGCUAGAACCCAAAUGUGAUGGAAACACUAACUCAACAUCCUGCUGGAACCCAGGUAUGUGGCAGAACCUCCAACACCACAUGGUCUGCUAGAAACCAAGCAAAUAAGAUGGAACCACUAACUCCACAUGGUCUGCUAGAACCCAAACAACAUAUGAUGGAAUCUCCUACUCCACAUACUCUCCAAGACCCCAAACAAUAUAUGACAAAACCUCCAACUCCCCAUGCACUGCUAGAAUCCAAACACCACAUGAUAGAACCUUCAACUCUGCAUGCUCUGCUAGAAACCAAACAGCAUAUGAGAGGACCUUGAACACUACAAGAUCUGCUAGAACCCAAACAACUAUGGGAAACUCCAA